AUGUCUCUUCACUUUCCAUCUGCUUUGCCUGAUAACUUUUCAUCACAACACAAAGCAUCAACGCCAGACUAUCACACUCUCUCGUGGUAUCAACAAGAAAUACAAUCCGAAACUGUUCGACAACAGAAUAAAACAAUUCCUACUCUUCCACCAAAAACCUCACCUAGAAGAGUCAACAAACAUCCAGUCACUAAUCAUGGUUGCAUAGUAUUGGACAAUGGAACAGAAAAUAUUAAAAUUGGUUUAUCAGGAACUGAUUUUCCACAAUUUAUUAUACCAACCAUCAUUGGUAAACAUCAGAAAUAUGCACAUUACAAUACCUAUGGAGAAGAUGCACUCCAUGCUCAGAGAGAAGCUAGUAGCACCUCUCAGAAACGUAGAUCUGAAACCAACCCUUCACCAAAUUAUCAAUUCAUUUGUCCAAUUGAGAAGGGAGUUGUAAUUUCAAUUGAAGAGAUGGAAAACUUUUGGAAUCACCUUUUUAAAGAUAAGAUGAGAGUGAAUUUGAGAGAAAAUGGGGUGGUCAUGAAUGAGAAUAUAUCCAUUUAUCAUUCUUUGGAAUCUAUUGGAGCUGUAGAAAAGUAUAGAGAAGAUUUGACUCAAUUAAUGUUUGAGAAAUUUGAAAUUCCAUUUUUGUAUAUGGCCAUUCCUCAAGUCAUGUCUCUGUAUUCGAAAGGAAAAACAAGUGGAUUUUGUGUGGAUAUGGGUCAUUCAUUGACGAGUGGUAUUUCUGUGUUGGAUGGUAUUGCAUAUUUUCAAGAAAAUCAAUCGAAUAGUUAUCCUACCUCUCUGACUCUUUCUCCAUCAGAAAAGACCUAUUUCAAUAUUAAUAUAGGAGGCAGGGAACUAUCAGAACACUUCUCCAAACUCAUUCAAGACAAUCCUCUCAACAAUAAUUUAAGAAUUAGCACAAGUGCUGAAAGAGAAUUCAUUGAAGGAUUGAAGAAACGUUCAUGUUACUUGGCCACUGAUUUUUCAAAGGAAGUUGCUAAAUAUCCGUCACCAUACGAUGACCAAGCAGCUAUCUCUCCCAGAGGUCAAUUAUUGGAAGAUGAUGCCUUUCAACUUCCUGAUGGAAAAACAAUUUGGAUUGGAAAGGAAAAAUUUGUCUGUUGUGAAAUGUUCUUCCAACCAUCUCUGUACAAUUUAUCAAAUGUUCACUCCUCGAGUACAACCUAUAAGAAUGAAGAAGAUUACAUACCUAUUCAAGAAACAUUAUUGGGAAAUAUUCAUGUAUUUGGUGGAACCAGUUUGAUGAAAGGUCUGGAGAAUCGUUUAUUGAGAGAUGUCAAGAGAGAGUUAGCUCUUAGAAAGAGAAUUUCAGUUUCUCAAACCAAAGUCAAAGUAUUUUCACCUGAUUCUUCAUCAACUUGUGCUUCGACUUGUGAUUUGGAGAAUAGUGCAUGGAUUGGAUCAUCGAUUUUAUCAAGCUUUAAUGAUUUUCUUAAUAUGGAUCAAGAUUCAAGUCAAUUUUCACAUAAUUUUGCCAUGACAAGACGAGUUUAUGAAGAAGAAGGCGCUCAAGCCAUUCACAAGUAUUACAAUACUUGUUAA